AUGCAUCUAGUAAUGCUCAUUCACAUUGUAUGGAUUCUGGCAAUCGCAAGAACAUGUACCUGUUCGAGUUCAUGUCAGUCUGCCGUAAGAGUGGACAUUUGUUCUCUUGAUCCGGACUUUGGCAAUGACACUUACGGUCAUGACGGAUACUUCUACGAUAAAUAUACCGACAAAUGCCUGUCUGCAACACUUAGUACUGCUGAAUAUGAUGACACUGAAGCAAACACAUUCUCCAGUCUAGACUACUGUCUCUUCAGGUGCAGAAAACAUGUACCGGAGCGGUGUUUUGAUGACGCCAUCAAGGACUAUCCCAUUCGCAUACCAACAGAGGGCGUUAAUAAAUGGACUUACGAUUCUGACGCAACAAAAUGCGUCCAGUUUAUAUGGAAAGGAUAUAACACACGAAAUAGAAAUAUUUUUGACACGCAGUCCGACUGCAUUAACAAAUGUAAAGUUCCUGACCUGGGAUUAUGCGCAUCCGGGUUUCGUACUAAUUGUAGCCAUGGUGAUGAGCUAUAUAUUUGGUAUGAUUAUACAACGCAAGAGUGUAAACCUUUACCACCUCACCAUUGUCCAACCCAUGGAAACGCAUUCUACACAUUCCGCGAAUGCUACCGACGCUGUGGAAGAUUCGUAGAAAAUAAAUGCAAGCUACCAAUUCAAAAUAUGAGUUCUUGCCGUACGCUUGAAAACAGGUAUGGUUACAACACGAAGACUAAAAGGUGUGAAAGGUUUCUUGGGUGUGAAGAUAGUGGAAACAAUUUUCCAACUGCGAAGGAAUGUUGGAACACUUGUACAAAUGAAGUGAAACACCGGUGUCUGCAGGAGCCAGAUAAUGAAUUUUCUGGUUUGGUACAAAGAUACUACUACGACAUAGACUCUGACAAAUGUGUACGCAAGUGCAUGUUUCGUGGCCGUGUUAGCGGAGAUUCAAACCUUUUCAACACGAAAGAAGAAUGUGAAUUAAUGUGUACUGCUACAUUCAACUAUGAGCCCGACUCGUUGUAAUAACACCUGGAAGACAAUAUUACUUUGAAGGAGCGACUUUUCUUCGGAAGUCGUGUGCACUCCAGA